UUGAGUUAUCACGUGACCUGUCAAGAUUGUUUAACGAUAAAUUUUUUUGUUUGAGUUGUAGAAUUUAUCAAUUAGUUUGUAAGUAAAUAAGAUGACGGGCAGAUACGUCCUUCCCGAGGAUUCUCUAUCGAAACUGUCUUGUUUCGUCUGUGAAAAACCGCUAUCUUACUUUCCCAUUUACAACACCGAAGCGGGCCCGUCGUGCGGCCGUUGCGGGGCCCCCCAAAACGGCGGCUUGCGUUGCGAAUUCUUCGAAGAGCUCGCCAAAAACGUUCAAUUUCCAUGUUGCUACAAGCCAAAUGGCUGCCUAGAACUUCUAUUGCCAAAGAACGUUGCCAAGCACGAAUGGCAUUGCAAAUACCAAACGUUCGCUUGUCCCUUCGGGUGCCCCGAUAAGUGGAAAGGAUUCGCGGAGGAAUUUUUGGAGCACACGGAAAGCGAACAUUCCAGUAGUGUACUCACUGAUUGUCGCUUUGAAGUAGAUUUCAUAAACAAUCGCAACGAGACCAAAUUAAUGCCCUACCUGGACGGUUUGUAUUUGAUUAACUACCGUUGUUCCGGGAACCAGAGGAUAUUAUCGUGCACUGUUACCCAGUUCGGGUACGAUCCAGUCGAUGGGAAUAUGAAUUAUAAAAUUAUAUUCGAAGAUAGCGGGAAGCAGUUCAGCCACACGGUUUACAGCGAUUUGAACGAUACUGUUCGUAUUAAUAAAUCCGCGGUGGACUCCAUAUUGAAGAAUCCUGCUGCGGUUUUGGCGAGUAUCGAGGUGUUCCAAAAGGAGCCAAUCAAUGGGUCUGAUAAAAACUCGAAUGCUGGGUUAUUAAGACACUUCGAAUGCAUUGUAUGCAUGGAUUACAUGAUGGCGCCGAUUUACCAAUGUGCAACAGGCCACAGCAUGUGCGAUUCUUGCAAGGACAAAGUCAAAGAAUGCCCUACGUGCAAGUCUGAGAUUCAAACUACCAGAAAUUUCACGCUGGAAGGUGUGGUUUCGGAUUUCGAGUUUCCCUGCAAAUACGAGAAAUGCUCAUUCGUUGGUAAAGGAAUAUUGAUCAAAGAGCAUCAGGAGAAGUGCAAUUUCAUGGAAAAGGAUUGUCCCCUGAAGGAAUUGAAUGGGUGUGAAAUGAAAAUCGUGUACGCGGAUCUUUCGGGUCAUAUUUACAUGGAACAUAAUGAAAAUUGGUAUGAAGGCAACGUUAUCUCGUACCCAUUUUCGUUCGAUGAGGAAUUUACAAUAUACAAAGAUGUGUUCUAUUUGACAUGCCUUUCGAAACUUUUUGAACUAAAUUUUUCGUUUCAAAAAGGUUUCUUCAGUUUUUCUGUUAAAUUGAUGGAUGGUUCCGAUAGUUCAGAAGAAAGUUCCAAGUAUCGUUUUGUUGUGGAUGUUCUUGACACUACAAAGAGUAAUAAUCGGUUGUGGUGUUCUAAAGAUUUGAUAGACGAAAAGCAAGAUAUGGAAAUCGAUUUAGCUUGCAUAGAUCAUCUGAUCGGCGAGGGAUUCAAUUUCCGAAUGUUUGUUUUAGAGAAAUGACGUUUUAUAUCCAUUCCUAACUUAUUAAAAUAUCGCAUUUUGUUACAUUCGUUUGAAUAAAAAUAUUUGCAAUAAAUAA